UCUCCGCUUGUACUAUUUUGGCGCCACUGUACGAUCACCGACCGCCAAAAGCCGGUUACUGCGCGAAGUCUACCUACGACGAUCGACCGGUUCCAGGACACUGCGUAUUAUUCCUUUUGCAAAUCGCAAUUUCGAGACGGAGGAUCCGCGAAAAUGAGCGACGACCUGCCGUAUCGGGCGGAGUACGCGAAAAGCGACCGCUCCAAGUGUCAACAGUGCAAGCAGCCCAUCAGCAAACAGAGCUUGAGAAUCGCCGCUAUUGUUCAGAGCCCUGUCCAUGAUGGAACGAUACCUAGGUGGUAUCAUUUCGAAUGCUUCUUUGAAAAACAAAGACCAAAGUCUACUGCCGAUAUAGCUUGCUUUGAUGAAAUUCGUCUUGAAGAUCAGGAAGAAAUUCAGAAAAAAAUUGAAGAAUUUGUUAAUGCACCUCCGGUGUCUGGAAAAGGCAGAAAAAGAACAAAAGGUGGCGGUGCUAGUGGAUCUGCUGGUGAUUUCCGAGUAGAAUAUGCCAAGUCUAAUAAAUCUACCUGUAAAGGAUGCGAUGAGAAGAUAAUAAAGGGUGAAACAAGAAUAUCAAAGAAGGAUUACGAGACCGCCGAGGCUAGGAGGUUUGGUGGUUUAGAUAGAUGGCAUCAUGUGGAGUGUUUUGCGAAACUAAGAGCAGAUUUGGGAUAUUAUGGGAGUGGAGAUGAACUUCCAGGUGUCAAAGAGCUUUCGAAAGAAGAUAGGAACAGUCUUAAGGCUGCGCUGCCAAAAAUGACUCAAGGUGAGAUGCCACCACCUCCUAAAAAGAUUAAGGAAGAACCGGAAGAUGCAGAGGACGCAGAGUUGAUGAAAAAGCAAAAUGUAGAACUGUACACUAUAAAAGAUAAAAUAACACCUCUUGGAAAAAAUAAAUUGGUUGGAUUGUUGGAAAAAAAUCAUCAGGAGAUUCCUACAGGCAUCUCAAAUAUCUUGAGUCUUUUAUGCGAUAUACUGUACUUUGGAGCUCUAGAACCCUGUCCAAAAUGCAAGGGACAACUUAUAUAUAACUCUGGUAUAGGUUAUAAGUGCACCGGUAAUGUAACAGAAUGGACUAAAUGCACGUAUGUUACUCAAGAUCCGAAAAGAAAAAAGUGUGAAAUACCAAGCGACAUGAAGAAAGAAUUUCCAAUUAAAUCAUACAGGUCCAAGGUGAGAAAACGAGUGUUUAAGAUAACAGCACCGUCCUCAUCGAGUUCUGUUAAGGAAGAAGUCGAUGGACCAAAAAUACAAGCAAAACCACGUCCUUUGAAGAAUAUGCAGUUUGUUAUACAGGGUCGUACGCAAAAGGAUAAGGAAGAAUUGAAGAAGGAAAUUUUAUUGUUGGGUGGUACUGUUACUACAAAGAUUCAUGAAGAUUUGGCUGCUGUAAUUUCGAAUCAGAAUGAACUGGAAAAGAUGAAUAAAAGAAUGGAAGAGGUUCAAGCAUGUGAUAUUCAAGUAAUAACGGAAGAUUUCAUAGAAGAAGCGAAGGAAUACACAGAUGCUCCAAUUAUGCUUCUAAAGAAGAAAACCAUCUCUAGUUGGGGUGGGGAUAUAAAUGCUAGACUUUCUAACGUCAUUGCGAAAUCUAAUGCUUCCAAGAGUAAAAGUAGAUUUGAAAAAUCGAGUUCUGGCAAGGUGAAGGUAAAGGUAAAAGGCGGUGGAGCUGUUGAUCCCGACAGUGGCUUGGAGAACUGUGCGCAUAUCUACCAAAAGGGGAAAAAUAAAUACACUGCGACAUUGGGUCUGACAGAUAUACAAUCCAAGAAGAAUAGUUAUUACAAAUUGCAAAUUUUGAAACAUGACAAAUUCGAAAGGUAUCAUUUGUUUAGAAGUUGGGGCCGGAUUGGUACUACGAUUGGCGGUAACAAAUUGGAAGAAUUGUCCUUGGAAGAAUGUAUAGAGCAGUUUGAGUCGUUGUACGAGGAAAAGACUGGUAAUCAGUGGAAGAAUAGGCAGCACUUUGUUAAGGUGCCAAAUUUGAUGUAUCCGAUCGACAUAGAUCAUGGAGAUGAAGAAAUUGCUUCUUUGGAUUCGGAUAUCAAGAGUAAUUUAGCAGAACCGAUUCAGAAUCUCAUGCGCCUUAUUUUUGAUGUAGCUGAAAUGAAGAAAGUUAUGUUGGAGUUUGAGAUAGACAUGGAUAAGAUGCCGCUUGGGAAAUUGUCAAAGAAGCAGAUUGAGAAAGCUUACGCAGUUCUAACAGAAUUACAGGAGAUAUUGAAGAAGAGUAAUAUAGACCAUACCACACUCAUCGAUGCUUCCAAUAGAUUUUACACGUUGAUCCCUCACAAUUUUGGUAUUUCCGGGCCGAAAAUUCUCGAGUCGUCGGAGGAGAUCAAAAAUAAAUGCGACAUGCUGGACGCGUUGCUGGAGAUGGAGAUCGCGUACAAUCUUUUGCGUGAUACGACUGACGGAAAACAGAAUCCGCUCGAUAGUCAUUACAAGCAGCUCAAGACGGACAUCGAGAUACUGAAUAAGUCGAGCGAAGAAUUCAAGAUGAUCGACAAAUACGUCCAAAACACCCACGCAGCUACUCACACGCAAUACAAGCUCGAGAUCGAGGAGGUAUUCGUCGUUAAGAGACAAGGGGAGGAACAGAGGUUCAAGCCCUUCAAGAAGCUGCCGAAUCGAAAGCUGCUCUGGCACGGAUCCAGGACUACGAAUUUCGCAGGAAUAUUGUCCCAAGGUCUGCGUAUCGCGCCACCGGAAGCGCCCGUUACCGGUUACAUGUUCGGUAAAGGUAUAUACUUCGCCGAUAUGGUAUCCAAGUCCGCAAAUUAUUGCUGCACGCACAGCCAAAGUCCGACCGGUUUGCUGCUGCUCUGCGAGGUCGCCCUGGGCAAUAUGCACGAGAGAUAUAAGGCGGAUUACAUCGAGAAAUUGCCGAAAGGUAAACAUUCCACCUUAGGUCGUGGUCAAACGGAGCCUGAUCCCAAAGAUGUUCAUAAACUUGACGACGGCGUUGAAGUGCCCUAUGGAAUGGGAGUACCUGCAACUCACAAUAAGAAAUCAGAUUUAUUAUACAAUGAAUAUAUCGUAUACGACGUGGCUCAAGUAAAAGUGCGUUAUUUGAUAAGAAUGAACUUCAAAUACAAAUAUUAAAAUACGUGCCACAGGCAUGCAUCAUCUUAAUAUGUUUUGAAUUUAAUGAUGCGUCAUUUUUGGGAUUACAUUGCUUUCAUUUAUAUGUUUUUAAUUGCAAAUAAUUUUGAAGAAAAAACAUUUUUUUUAAGUUUCUUGUUCCAGUGAGUUACGUUACCAUGGGUUAGACUUAUCAUAACGUUAUUUUAUUUCAAUGAUAUUUUUUUUUUUAACUCAAUGUACUCUUAUGUAUUACUCAAUUUGUUCAUUUAUAGGGAAUAGUCCGUACACGCUACCUCGAAUAUUAAUUGUAAAAUUAUUCUCAAUAAA